UUCCCUCUCUCCUCUCCUAAACUUGGAUCUUACUUCUUGUCGGAGACCAAUUAAUGAGGCGGCUAAAGUCACUAAUUGGCCGCUUAAUUGGCCCCUGUCACCGCGCGCGCUGCAACCCUGCAUCCUUCACUUCCUGCCCUCACAUCACAAGCGUGUCACAAUCAUUUUAGGGUCACGCUCUCAGACAGCAAGGACCCCCCACGCCCCUUUACACGAGCACACUUCCCACACCUCUGGAUGCCCCCACCAACCCACUCCCACGAUAGCUCAGUGUUUUAUGUCUGCGUCACAACAAGUCGGCGGAGGGCGAGAGGCAGAGGGAUGAUGGCGUCUCUGGCGGCUUGAUUCCGGUGCAGCUCAGACAAAAUCCGCCUUAAUAAGCUUCGGCGGCUGUGAGAGGGGUGAGGUGUGAGAGUGUGGGGGGUGAGGGAGCAACAGCGACGGGGACAUGAUGAAACGGCAACGCGGAGAAAGGACGGACAAACUAGUCUGAGAGAGACGGACGGACAGUCACAGUCGCCUCCUCCUCCUUGCUUACGGUUUGACUGACACACUCACACACUCAGGCACACACACUCAGAGCGAGGCGCCUGGCACAGACAGAGACAUACAUGCACACCAGCCACUUUUUGCAAACCAGCACGCUGCGCAUCGGAGCUGGCAGUAAUUGGACAUCCACAGCUGAUGAGGGCAUUUCAUGUCCAGCCUGUCCAGGAAUCCCAGUGACCCCGACGGAAAGGAGUUCGACUUGUCAGGCUGUCGCUAUGCUCAGGUCUAAAGAAGAGGAGUGUGUGUGCUGGCGUGUGUGCGUGUGUGUGUGUGUGUGUGUUUGGACGAAAUUUUAACCCCUUUGGACUGAAAGCCGGCUGUCUGAGAGGGGAGGGGGCGUAAACUCUGAUGGGGGGAGUCAGUGAGGGAGAUGAUGUGUUGGCUCGUUGGAGUGAUGGACUACUGUACCUUGGCAAUGUGAAGAGAGUCGACGGAGUCAAGCAAUGCUGCUUGGUGAGAUUCGAGGACAACUCAGAGUUCUGGGUUCUGAGGAAGGACAUUCACUCGUUUGCUGCCGGAGUGGAAGAAGUUUGCUGUAUUUGUGACGCCCCGCCUCUUAAAGAACCCCUCAUAAAUUGUCUUAAAUGUCACCACGGUUAUCAUCCGGAGUGCCACACGCCGACCAUCGAGCCAGAAGCUGACAGCGACUCCUGGAUUUGUCGACAAUGUGUUUUUGCUGUCGCCACCAAGAGAGGCGGAGCUCUGAAACGCGGACGCUUCGCCCGACUCAUGCAGUUCAUGAAACUCCGGCUCCCCUACCAGCUGUCGUCCUUAGACUGGGAUCCUCAGCAUCUGACCAAUCAGCAGCAGUGUUACUGCUACUGCGCCGGACCUGGAGAGUGGAACCUGAAGAUGCUGCAGUGUGGCAGCUGUGGUCAGUGGUUCCAUGAGGCCUGCACUCAGUGUCUAUUAAAGCCAUUGCUGUAUGGAGACAGGUUUUAUCAGUUCCAGUGUUCAGUUUGUACAAAGGGACCGGAGACAGUCCAGAGGCUGCCCAUGACCUGGGUGGACCUGGCUCAUUUAGUCCUCUACCACCUCUCGCUGUGCUGUAAGAGGAAAUACUUUGAUUUCGACCAUGAAAUUCUGUCCUUCACCAACGAGAACUGGGACUCGUUGCUCCUGGGCGCGUUGUCUGACACGCCGAGGCAGGACCGCUGUCACAAUCUCCUCAACGCUCUCAACUCUCACAAGGACAGGUUUGUCUCUGGAAAGGAGAUCAAGAAGAAGAAGUGUCUGUUUGGGCUGCAGGUCCGAGCUCCGCCUCCUCUGACGUCUGAUUCGUCGCCUCUUGUCACCGAUCCGCCUAUCAGCAUCACCCACAGGAGAAGCCCGUUGUCACUGCCCUGCCAGAGGAGAGUGGGGGGGUCGGAGUCACGUAAAUCAAAACGUCGCACCAUGGAGACACAGGCCUGUCCACCACCGGUCGCUGCCAACCCAGUGGAACUGCUGCCAUGUUGCCAUGGCUACAUGGGCGGAGCCAACCUUUACAACUCCAGGAAGUUGGAUGAGGAGAUGGAUGCAAGCCCCCCUCCCAAGCGAAUGUAUGCGCUGUACCACUCCACCUACAACGGGAACACUCCUCUCUCCAGGGGUCUUCAUCACUACAACAGCAUGGAGGACACCUGCAGAUUACCUCCACCAUGCUUCCCAUACCCCUUCAGCUCCAGCGGGACCCCCCACCUCCAUCACCUCCACCAGCACCACCACCACAACCACCAGCACCAGCCAGGUCAGAAGCAGCCGGAGCCCCUCAUCCUGCGCGACGUUCCUCCGUAUCAGAGCGGCGCGGGCGGCGGAGGAGGCAGUGGUGGGGCAGGAAGUGGAGCGGGGAUGGGUGUGGGUGUGGGCGGGGGUGACGGGACUGUGGUCCGGAGCUGGGCAGGAGGAGGGGAGGCCGUGAGGAUCCUGGCAAGACGCGUGACUCCAGAUGGGAAGGUGCAGUACCUGGUGGAGUGGGACAACGUGGGUCUGUACUGAGGCAGGCUGGGACAACAGCAGACACAGGACUGAUGUGUAUUUAAUAUGUGGCGGUGUGUAAAGAACAAAAAAAACAAAACUAAACAUGGUUCAGAUCCAGGUUUCUCUCAUAGUAUCACCUCAGUUGGACAUCAUUAUAACCUCAGUACUAGGUGUUCAUAUUUGCUAGUGUUCCUCUGAUAUUUGUACUGUUAUAACUUUGGAAGAUGCCUUUGCAUUGAUCAUGUUUUACAGUGAUGAUGGAAACGACUUCAACUUCCAGAUAAUCUAUCAGUGUUUCACCCUUAUUAGGAAAAAACUGUUCUAUUCUAAAGGUUUAUAUACUGUAAAUACUCUGCUGCAGGUAAACAUGGUACUAGAAGAAUACUUUCUGUUUCUUUUGUAUUUUACAGUUUUUAAUUUAUGAUUUACCGGAGAAAUGUUUAUUUUCCUGCUUCACUAUGAAUACCUUGAUCCCAAAACGGGGAAAUAUUGGGACUGUGUGAAAAAAUAAAUAAA